AUGUCAACUAGAGGUCCAAGUAUAGCUCCUAAGCUGGAGCCUUCACCCAUAGCUCUAGCAGGAUCUCCUCCAUCAAGUGGGCCUUCUCCCAGACCUAUUACUUCUCUUUCUGUAGCCAGUCCUUCUGGGGACCUUGGAAUGACCACUAUUAUGACGUCCAAGGAAUGGGUAUUACCUCCGAGACCAAAGCCGGGCAGAAAACCCAGUGUAGAUACCCCUGCUUCAAAGAGAAAGGCUCAGAACCGAGCUGCCCAACGCGCUUUCCGUGAAAGAAGAGCUACCAGGGUUCAAGAAUUAGAACAGAAACUCAUGGAGAUGGAGAAAGAGAAAGAAGUUAAGGAAAUGGCGCUUGUGAAUACUAUCAACAAGUUAAAGGUAGAAAACCAAUUCUUGAUCAAAAGCAUAGAACAGUUGCGUACAGAUAUGUCCAGUAUUCGUAAUUCCCAGACGCAGACGACGUUGAAAAUGUCCCAAAUGGCUCAACCAGCUUCUUCUUCGAAGUCUUCGUUAGGUAUUGGAGAGUCAUCUAUAAGCAAUUCUCCUAUAAAUCACAAUACCGGUUCUCCGGCUAGCUCCGCUUACUCCGUUCAGCAGAUUUCGCCAGCUCCUUCAACCGACUCUCCUCCAUCCUAUGCUAACAGUAGUUCCAAUUUGACUCCUCGUACGUCGUCUGAUACAACUCCUGAUCAUGGCAAGAGUCUGCAGCAAAAUAGAGACUCCAGUAGUUUUGAUUGCGGAGUUUGUCUCGAGGAUGAAUGUCUCUGUGAAUCUGUAGGGUUGAAAGAUCCAGCUCCUAAGAAAGCAGAGGAUUUAGCCAGAGAACUAGAAGAAACUGUCAAUUCGUUUAAGCCUGUACCUGCAGUUUCUUUGUCUAGAAAUAAGAGAAAGGUUGUAGAUACCGAAGCUCAGGAGAUUGACUUCACGGAACAGUUCUCAACCAAGACUAAACUUAUGCCUGACUUGAAGAAACUCAAGAAGGCUUCGAGCACAUCCAUGAAGACAAGUUCUCAGUUGGGUGACAGUGCUGAGUUCAACGAAGACUCACCCAUGGAGAAUUGUGGUUUCUGCUCGUUUGAUACUCCAUGUGUCUGUCGUGAAGCAGCUAAGGAGGCCGCAUUGUUAUCAGAUACUUUAAACCAACAGACGAUAGAAGAAGGUGAUGAGGUGGACGACGAGAUGUCAAACGAACACAAAACGUUGCCUCCGCUUCAGAUGAACUCCAACAAGAUGUUCCGUAAACUGUCGUUGCCAGUGAUGCAUCCAGGUCCCUCUGUGGAAUUCAGGGAAAUCACCAAUAUUACUCCAGGAGUGGUUCCUACUGUAGUUACUUCAACUUCCAGAAGACUUAAUCCUGAGUCUUCUACAUCAACUUCUUCUUCGUUAUCGACGCUCAACUCUGGCAAUGAUGCUUCUAAAGAUAACUCAGAAUGUACUGGUAAUCCUGGUACUUGUAGGCAAUGUCAAAUGGAUCCUAUGUCGACAUUGUUCUGUACUACUGUAGCCAACAAGGAGAAGAAUGAGCCAGGCUCUAGAUCCCGGUCUUCCUCUACAGCAUCGCCUCAACCACAGAUGAUAUCCAGGUCUGGCUCUAGGACCAGCUUGCCUUCUAUGGCCGCCCCUAUUACCAAUCCUUCUACUCCUGUUUCCACUGGCUCUGGCGUUCCAGCUUCGGGUCCUGGUUCUACGAACAAUGGUAUGUUCAUACCGUGUGCGGAUGCCUACAAGACGUUGUCACGUCACAAGAAGUUCAAUUCGGUAGAUUUCAGCACAUUGGUAGGGAAAUUGACUACUCGAGGAAUGCAAGUUGAAGUGCAAUCUGUGGCUAACGUGUUGAGGGAAUUGGAUAGAAGGUUAUACAAUUAG